UCUGGUCCUGCUCGGACGUUUAUGUUAAGUUAAACAGUCAGCAGCACAGGAGGAGGUGUGGACAGAGGUGUAGCAAGAAUACAUUCACGUCUCAUUCUGUGUUAAAGGCAGUACUUUUUUGGUCUCUCCGCCCUAAAAUCCAAAGCAACUAUGGGAAGGAAAAAAUCCUCCGGUGAAGCAGAUGCAAGCAUAGAGCCAAGGAGAAAGUCUAAAAGGUUGUCGGAGAGAGAGACACCGGCAGAACCACAGCCAGAAAAGACAAAGGCACCAUCAAAAGCCAAAAAAGUGAAAGAGUCAGCAAAGGCUAAGCCAAAGGCAAAGGCAAAGCCAGAGGAGAAGGAAGACGAACCUCAGGAAGAGAAAGAAGAGGCUCCUGCAGAAAAUGGAGCUGAGGAGGCUGCAGCCACAGAUGAGGCAGAGAAAAGUGAGGACAAGGAGGCUGAGGAAGACGACGACGAAGAAGAGGAGGAGGAGGAUAAAGAUGCAGAGUAGUGCUAAAAACCCUUAAAAACAGUUGCCAGUUUCCGUGUUCCUCCUUUCUUGUACAAUGCAGAGAAUAUUUUUAUCUAUUUUCUUAUGACAGCAGAGUUUUUAGGGAUGUGAUCACAAAAAUGUCUUUUAAAGAAUACAAAAAAAUUCACUUCAAUUUCAUGGCUUUUGUGAAGGGAAAGUCUGAGGGUUUUCUUCUUUGGUUUUUUUCAUGCUGAUGUUCAGUUUACUUGAGGCAUUCCUGAUAAGUUGAGGUAUUUUGUGACUUGUACUGCUUUUGAGUUCAUUGUAAUACUGUGCCUGGUAGGACAUGAGAUGAAAAAAAAGCCUGAGAGUUGUUUCAUGCUAAUUAACAUCUUGUUCACAUAAUUAUUUUCACUAGUACUGGCAUUAGUCAUGUGGAUAUUUUUAUGCAGUUUGUAAUGGUACAUUUGAGGACUGUUAAAAAUAUCCAUAUUGUCUCCUUUGCACAGUUGAGCAUAGCUAAUCAUACAUGCUGUGGUUUUGUCUUUUCAGAUUAACUGUUUUUUGUUCUGUUUUUUUACUACAAAAUGUAUACACCACACAAUGUGGGUAUGUGGUUUGGGGGUUUCUUUACUAAUGUACAGUCUCCUCCUUUUUUUAAAAAAAAAGAAAAGGAUUUUUUUUUCUGUAUGAAUUAUAUUAAAUGACAAUUAAAAUGAAACUUUGUUUGUA